CCGACGACGAGGAGAAGGAGGCCGAGGAGAAGAGUGGAAGCGUGGCGAGGGCAGCCCCGGAGGAGCCCACCCCGAGCGGACCCCCCGCCGCCUCAGCCGCCUCAGCGGGCCCCGGGCUGUCUCCGACCAGCCUCCCCCAGCUCCAUGAAUGGAAAUCGGCCCCGCAGGACCCGUUGGGGCACAGCCCCUGCUCAUGGUGCCAAGACGUCCUGGCUAUGGCACCAUGGGCAAACCCAUUAAACUGCUGGCCAAUUGCUUCCAAGUUGAAAUCCCAAAGAUUGACGUCUACCUCUAUGAGGUGGAUAUUAAACCAGAUAAGUGUCCUCGGAGGGUGAACAGGGAGGUGGUGGAUUCAAUGGUUCAGCAUUUUAAAGUAACAAUAUUCGGGGACCGCAGACCAGUUUAUGAUGGGAAAAGAAGCCUUUAUACAGCUAAUCCACUCCCUGUAGCAACUACUGGGGUGGAUUUAGACGUAACAUUGCCAGGAGAAGGUGGAAAAGAUCGCCCCUUCAAGGUGUCAAUAAAAUUUGUGUCUCGAGUGAGUUGGCACCUGCUCCAUGAAGUUUUGACAGGAAGGACCUUGCCCGAGCCUCUGGAACUAGACAAGCCAAUCAGCACGAACCCUGUUCAUGCCGUUGAUGUGGUGCUACGACAUCUUCCCUCCAUGAAAUAUACUCCUGUGGGUCGCUCCUUUUUCUCCGCUCCAGAAGGAUAUGAUCACCCUCUGGGAGGAGGCAGAGAGGUAUGGUUUGGAUUCCAUCAGUCUGUUCGGCCUGCCAUGUGGAAAAUGAUGCUUAAUAUUGAUGUUUCUGCCACUGCCUUCUACAAAGCACAACCUGUAAUUCAGUUCAUGUGUGAAGUUCUUGACAUUCAUAAUAUUGAUGAACAACCAAGACCUCUGACUGAUUCUCAUCGGGUAAAAUUCACCAAAGAGAUAAAGGGUCUGAAGGUUGAAGUGACUCAUUGUGGAACAAUGAGACGGAAAUAUCGUGUUUGUAAUGUAACAAGAAGACCCGCCAGUCAUCAAACCUUCCCUUUACAGUUAGAAAAUGGCCAGACUGUAGAGAGAACAGUAGCACAGUAUUUCAGAGAGAAGUACAACCUCCAGCUGAAAUAUCCUCAUCUUCCCUGUCUACAAGUGGGACAGGAGCAGAAACACACCUACCUGCCUCUAGAAGUGUGUAAUAUUGUGGCAGGGCAGCGAUGUAUCAAGAAGCUAACAGACAAUCAGACAUCCACCAUGAUCAAGGCAACAGCAAGAUCCGCCCCAGAUAGACAAGAGGAAAUUAGCAGAUUGGUAAGAAGUGCAAAUUACGAUGCGGACCCCUUUGUUCAAGAGUUUCAGUUUAAGGUUCGGGAUGAAAUGGCUCAUGUGACAGGGCGUGUACUUCCAGCUCCCAUGCUGCAGUAUGGAGGGCGGAAUCGAACAGUCGCCACCCCAAGCCAUGGAGUAUGGGACAUGCGAGGAAAGCAAUUCCAUACUGGUGUGGAAAUCAAGAUGUGGGCCAUUGCGUGUUUCGCGACCCAGAGGCAGUGUCGAGAAGAAAUACUGAAGGGUUUCACGGACCAGCUGCGCAAGAUCUCCAAGGACGCGGGAAUGCCCAUCCAGGGCCAGCCGUGCUUCUGCAAAUACGCCCAGGGUGCCGACAGCGUGGAGCCCAUGUUCCGUCACCUAAAGAACACCUAUUCGGGCCUCCAGCUCAUCAUCGUCAUCCUUCCGGGGAAAACCCCUGUCUACGCGGAGGUGAAACGUGUAGGCGACACACUGUUGGGGAUGGCGACUCAAUGUGUUCAAGUGAAGAACGUAAUCAAGACGUCUCCUCAAACCCUCUCAAACCUGUGCCUAAAGAUUAAUGUUAAAUUAGGAGGAAUCAAUAAUAUCCUUGUACCUCAUCAAAGACCGUCUGUGUUCCAGCAACCAGUGAUCUUUUUGGGAGCAGAUGUCACUCAUCCACCCGCUGGGGAUGGAAAGAAGCCUUCUAUUGCUGCUGUUGUAGGUAGUAUGGAUGCCCACCCAAGCAGAUACUGUGCCACAGUAAGGGUCCAGAGACCCCGGCAGGAGAUCAUCCAGGAUCUGGCCUCCAUGGUUCGCGAACUCCUCAUCCAGUUCUAUAAGUCGACAAGGUUCAAACCCACACGGAUCAUCUUCUAUCGGGAUGGCGUUUCCGAAGGGCAGUUCCGGCAGGUAUUGUAUUAUGAACUGCUGGCAAUUCGAGAGGCCUGCAUCAGUUUGGAGAAAGACUACCAACCCGGAAUAACUUAUAUAGUGGUGCAGAAACGACAUCACACUCGACUCUUUUGUGCCGACCGAACCGAAAGGGUGGGAAGGAGCGGCAAUAUCCCAGCUGGAACCACAGUAGAUACAGACAUUACUCACCCGUACGAGUUUGAUUUUUACCUCUGUAGCCAUGCUGGAAUACAGGGUACCAGCCGACCCUCGCACUAUCACGUUCUGUGGGAUGAUAACUGCUUUACAGCUGACGAACUUCAGCUGCUGACCUACCAGCUCUGCCACACAUAUGUGCGCUGCACACGAUCUGUUUCUAUACCCGCACCAGCGUAUUAUGCUCACCUCGUAGCAUUCAGAGCAAGGUACCAUCUUGUGGACAAAGAGCAUGACAGUGCUGAAGGAAGUCACGUUUCAGGACAGAGUAAUGGGCGAGACCCACAAGCUCUUGCCAAGGCCGUACAGAUUCACCAAGACACCUUACGCACGAUGUACUUCGCUUAAAAAAAAACAAAAAAACAAGCCUGAAUACACUUAAGGAAGAACUGAAAAACAAAUCCACAUACAACGUAUGUUUCCAGUGGGGUCAGUUUAGGGGGCAUGCCUCCAGCCAUGCAGAAUCCAACACUGUGCGGAGGCCAGGGGCUUAUCCUAAAUUGAUACGAGGAAGAUUGUUUACUUCAUCGAGGAACACAGCACUAUUAUGCAAUAUGAAACCAGCCAACUGCUUUUUUGUGCGGUCUCCUGUAGGAAGUAUCGCAGUCAUUUUAUUUGAUUAUUUUUAUUUCUUGUAGUUGAACCCUUUUAAUGCCUUUACCUCAAGUUGCUUGGCAGCACAACUAUCUUUGCAAAAAAAAAAAAAAGUAAAUUUAAAGAUGGUUUAAAAAAAAAACAACACACAACACCUAUAGGAACAAUCAACGAUUGUUGGUAAAAGUGUGCAAAAAAGUGCGCGGAUGAGUGUACCUGUUGUAUAAAAUGUGCAUGUAUGUAUUCCUAAAUAUACACAUGCAUACUUUAUGUACCUGUGUAUAUAUCUGUAUCUAAAGAGAUAAUGGAUAUAUACCUGUCUGUGUAUAUAUAUUUUUAUAACCCACUCCAUUAGAGAAUUAUCUCUUUAUUUUGCUCACUCUCCCGCUGGCUUGCCCCUUCUCUCUUCUGUCUUAAUUUCCCUCACUUGUUUUCCUCUUCCCGUUGUCGCCUCUUUCACUUCCAGACGCUAUCAGUGAUAUUCAAAUGUUCACAUAUCCCGUGCAUUUGAAUGUGCAGCAUGGCUAACUACAUAUUUUUUGCACUCCCUACUCCAUUGGGUUAGCCACCACUGUUUUAGUAUCUUUCUACACAGCUUGGAGCCCUCAACUCUAGAAAUUGCUCUUUUAGGGGGGAUAAAAGUGAUUUUUAUAUCUAUUUCCAUAUAUGAUUCUGUGAGUGUGUAUAUCUGUAUACAUAUAUCUGUAUAUGUAUAUAUAAAUUUACAGUUGCCAGUGAUGCAAAGUAGGCAUAUAAGCAGUAGCAGUUGAAACCGUCCUUUCUCAUUAGUAAAUUUACUAAAGCUGCUGUUUUACCUUGUCAGAAUUUGAAACGGUUUCUGUCUGACAAAUGGUGUGUACUGGGGAGCUUCGCGUAAGAACACAUUUUUUCUGUGUGUGAGUUUCACAUGAAAAUCUUUGGAAGCAUUUUCCGAGCAAAUAUUUAAAACAAUCAGAACUCUAGAGUUGAGCUCUCCAAAGUGGGGAGGUUUUUGGGUUUGGGUUCUUUUGUUUUUUUUGGGUUUUUUUUUUUUUUUUUUGCUAGUUUACUUGCUGCCGCUCACCUUAAUGUGAUUUUCAUAUAUAUUUUUAUAUAUAUGUGUGUGUGUAUAUACAAAUAUAUAUGUCUGUUUUGAAGUUUAGCUUCCUUUUCUUUUAUAUUUAUUAGAGUAAUAAUAAUGCUUUAAUUUAAUAAUUACAGACCAUAUUGGCAACAUCUUUUUGUUUUUAGAGAGGUAACCGAUGUUUAUUUUAAGGACUGACAACUUGUUUUUGCUAUCUUUUAGUGCAAUAAGCCGUUCUAAAGGAGAGCUGUGUCCGUUUAGCUGAACCGAAGCAGCACCUGUCCCACUGGCAAUGGGAGAACGGGCACCUCUAUGGUUUUAAGAGACCAAGUCAAAAAAAAAAAAAAAAAAGCCUUAAUUUCAAAAGGAAAGUUUUGUAAUCCACAAGGGGUCUAGAGGAUGCUCCUCUUUUAAAUCAAGGUGGCAGCGAAUGGUAAUGGAGUUGUCUGAGCUGCCCUGCUUUGAGCUUUAAGAUUAGAAAUGAGGCAAUGCUUCAGGCUAACAAAGGACCGUGAGCACUUCUGGUUUAGGAGACGCUGAACUUGUUUGAAGAUGGGAAGCUCUUGGGGCGGAAUUGGGUUUCCACGUGCCCGUUUUCAUUUAGCCGAAAGGAAUGGUGACAGCGUCUCAGCGAGUCGAUCGUUUGUUUCCAAAGCGUAUUUUGCUUAUUUAUUGUGCCACUUUCCUUUUAAAAUUAAGGUGUCGGUAACUUAAACCCUUCAUUUCACUUUACAGAACGCAUAGGAAGUGAGGGCUGGGAUAUUAAACAAGUUAAAUCACUGAAAUGUGAAAAUGAAAAGAAAAGUAAUGAACCUUAGUACAUUCAUUCCACUUUAAAAUGAACAGAGUACUUUAGGGCUGUCAGAGCGGAGCAUUUAUUCAGUAAUAACAGGGAGUCAGGGGAGCUUUGCACUUUGUAACUCAUGAAAACUGCAUUUUUGACGGUUUUAUUUGCACUGGUUCAAAGUCUGCUGCAGAUUGUUGAUCAUGGGCAUUGCUGUUAUCCCAGUCCUUAUGAAUCCCACCCGUUCUCCUCAUGAAAACCAAUGGGUUUAGCCGUUUUGUCUCUCUUCUCAUUUCCGCGAAAUCCACUAUAUUUGCCAAUUUACUGUAUUUUGAGCUUAAAAUCUGAGCCCGUUUUGCUCCAACAGGUGUGAAAUCCUUUGGCCCUCUUUUCUGCCGGAGAACCAAGAAAGUACUGUAUUUGUGCAUUUGUAUAUUGUAAGAAAUAUAUGUAGUGCUCUUCACAACACUGUGUCAAAGCGCUUCACGGAACAGGUGGUGUAUAGACAUUAUAUACCUAUAUAUUUUUCUCCCGUUUUCCCAGAAAAAUAUAUAUGGCAGAUAAAUUGGUUUUUAUUUUCUCUUCGUAGGAUUUGAAACUGCACUGGAUUUUUAGUCAGGAUAGCAGGCAGCACGGAGAGGGCGAGUAAGGAAAGCAGACGGUUGAAAUGGCCAAGUGGGAAGGGCUCCUUCCGUUCCCGACUCGCUUUCCUACGUAUCGGUGAUAGUUGCUCCCCCAUGACCUCUAGGUUCCUGGGUGAAGGGGUUGGCAUGAGAGGAGCUCUUCAUUUCAUCUUCUUUGCCCUCAAUCUCUCAGAAAAGAGCUGCUGGCAUUAGGGCCUUCCGUGCUCAAUCUGUUGGAAGCACAUUUCUAUUCUGGAAGUCGGGGAUUGGGGAUUUCUUUUUUCCCUACACGACCUUUGCCUUCUGAAUAAUUCCCUUACCAGGUGCUCUCGCCCUUCAUGCCGGUGCCGGCUCGAAACCCCUCACUCAAGGAGACUCCCGAAUCCAUAUGUUCAGUAAUAAGAACGACAAGGUAAUCUAUCAAGCACUGUGCUAAGCGUUGGGGUAGAUAGAAGAUGAUCAGAUCGGAUGCGGUUUCGGCCCCAGGGUCAAGAGGUGGGGAGAGUCGGGACCAUGCUGUCUAGCAUAGUAGUUGUCAUUCCGCUUUCCAAACAGGUAACGACUGUUGGAAACUUGGUGAAGAUGAAGCUUAGUGUUUUAAAUUGCUAGGCCAGGUAGCAAGUCUUGUUUGGAAACCUUGUUCAUUUACUGCAGCCCCUUGCGGGAGGCGUUCCUCAUCAUUGAGUUAAAAAAAAAAAAAAAAGUGCUUUUCAAUGUUAUCCCUUAGACCCUCCACACUUCCCUGGCCCACACUUGAUUACUAUUUUUUUAAAAUGCUUCUAAAUUUGCUGCUUUCAUCAAAAAUAUUUUUUAAUGCACUUUUCCACUGGAAAAGCAAUUUUUAAAAUGUCAGCUCCAAAGUGUAAUUGGUUUUCAGGGGAAGGGGAGUCGGGAGUGAAUAUAUAUACUUGGUUUAGCAAAUACGUCAAAAGUGCCGAUACACACAUUUGUAUUACAGUAUCAAGUUACUGGCAUUAAAGGCAACACAUUUAUAAUACUGUAGCUGCUAUAUUUAUUUAAACAGAGAUGGACAGUUGAUGCACUAGGGAAUGAGGAGAUGAGCAGGAAUCAUGGCUUAGUGUUGGAAAUGGUAUCUCUUCUUUUUUCUUUAUUUUUUUUUUUAAAUGAAAACUAGUGGGAUGAAAUAGCAAACGUAACAAAGGGUGCUGCCGUUUUAGCUGAUAUUAACUAUUCAGAGAUUCUUCCUUUGAUUUAAAGACCCGUGAAGACAUGCAUUUUUGCUGUUGGCCAAUUGGGAAAAAAGGUACCUCAUCAGCAGUGGGAGUUUGCAGUAUGUUUUCACAAGACUACAUGGGUUCUUUUUAUUUUUAUACUGGCUCUCCUUUAAAGAGAAGUCGCUUGAGAUUUUUAAAUGUACCUUUGUGAGAAUUUUCUUUAAGGCAAUACAGGGCAUCUCUUUCCCUUUCUGGGAGUUAUCUUGGAUGUAGUCAGGGAGGCAUGCCAGCCAGUGUGGAGAGUUUUACCUGAUCGGCUCAUCGUCACUUUCUAGAACGGGGUCGUCCCCCUACCUUCAGAGAAGCUCUCCCAUUUUUCUAAACUAAAAACCUCUUUUCUAUCUGUUGUCUCCCAUUUUUGUGACUAUUCUGUACGAGUCCCUGGUCUGCUGACACACAGAACUGUCUGGUCCACGCUAUGGAUCUGAAUGUCCCGACGGGAAUCAGAGGUGGUUAUUCUUAUUCUUAUUAUCAUUAUCAUUAUUAUUAUUAUUGUGGUAUUUAAGUGCUUAUUGUGUGUCAAGCACUGUCCUAAGCGCUGGCUAGUUAAAGUUAAUCAGAGGGGUUCGGAAGAGUGCGGCUUUUCUUGAAAGAGGAAAGGAGAAGGGAUGGCGGGCCUAGUCAUAAAAAUCCAAAGGAGCCGGUGUGGAGAACAUUAUUCCUAGAAACAGAGAAGGCAGGGAUUCCCUUUAAGAGCAAAUGGGAUCCAAAGGCGAUGGAUUUUUAUGUUGGUGUUCUCACUUGAGGCAAGGCUAGCCGGUCCAAUCUGAGAGAGACGGGGAAUGAGAGUGUUGGUAGGAGUUUUGUGUUAAACCUGGGAAUAACAUUUUGCCCACCAGCUAAACUGACAGCUCUGCACGGUUGCGUUGUUACUCAGGAUUCUAGACCGGUCUUAAACAUUUGCUUCAGCAACUCCUUUUUCUACUUCUUUGCUCUGGGCUACUUUGGCGGGAGAGCAGCGAGUUCCUGCCGAACCAUUCCAUUUUAAAAUGGGUCCCUGUGAGUUGUCAGUCAAGCUGCUUCAGGAUGUCACUGACCCUAUGUUUCUUUCAUUUUUGUUGUUGUGUUUUUUAAAAUAAUAACAUUUAUGGUAUUUGUUAAGCGUUUACUAUGUGCC